AUUAAAUCACUCCUCAUUUCCCCUUUACCUUGGCUGAAGGAUCAUAUUUUUACUCUAACCCAACUCUAAUCAUUUUAUAGCCAGCUAAUAAUUUCCCAACUUCACUACUUAACCGAUGUGGGAUAUUUCUCAAUUUCUCUCUUCUUCACUAAAACAACCCAAAUUAGCCAUUGACGGUGAAGCAUUCAAUUUUUUUUCGAGCAUGACGACUACUACAACGACGACGAUCUCUCAGCAUGAUUUCUACAGUGAUGGAGAUUCGGAAAAGUCCAUUUCUGUAUCUGUUAUUGAGAAUAUGAAGGAAGAGUAUGGUUUGUUUGUUUGGCCAUGUAGCGUUAUCCUCGCUGAGUAUGUCUGGCAACAGAGAUCUCGAUUUCGCGGGUCUAUGAUUCUCGAACUAGGAGCUGGCACUUCCUUGCCCGGUUUAGUAGCUGCAAAAGUCGGGGCUGAUGUAACCCUUACCGAUGAUUCAAGUAAAGCAGAGGUAAUGGGACUCACUUGGGGAGUGUGGGAUGCACCAAUAUUUGAACUGCGGCCUAACAUUAUACUUGGGGCUGAUGUUUUUUAUGAUUCAAGUGCGUUCGAUGAUCUCUUUGCCACCGUCUCGUUUCUGCUUCAAAGUUCUCCAGAUGCUGUUUUUAUCACUACGUAUCAUAACAGGAGUGGACAUCAUCUAAUCGAGUUCCUGAUGGUGAAAUGGGGUCUAAAGUGCGUUAAACUUGUGGAUGGUUUCUCAUUUUUGCCAUCUCGCAAGGCAUCUGUACUAAGCGGCAACAUUCAGCUGGUUGAGAUCAUAUUGAGUUCUGAAGAACCAGCUGCUUAGGACUCCUACAGCUAUCUAUCUGACUGGAAUGAUCAUAGCCAGAGCCCAGAGGCCAAAGAUAAACACUGUUCUUGACGUUCAUAUAUAUAUCAAGCAAAGCCUUGUUGAUGAAGAUAUUAGCUUCAACUUUCAAGACCAGACUUGAGAACAUUGGUGUAUAAGCAAGAUGAAUCAUCUGAAAGCUGCUCACCAAGGCAGCGCAGACAUGGCUUAUACUGAAUUGACUGUUGUGAUUAUUGACCAAGUUAAGAAUCGGUUGAUAAUCAAUCUACCUACAUUACAUUAACAUAGAACAUUGACCAUACGUGUGUGUACACCUUGAAUCUUUGUUUGCUGUAUCUUAUAUUACAAACUUAAAUGUUCUCAAAUGGUGUUUCUACUGAUUCUAGCUUACACAACCAAGAUUACAUAACAAGGUGACAAGAACCUCAUGAAUCGCGUGCUAAACUUAACCAAGAUUAGAAUCAGAAUCAAAACCAUAACAAAAGAGAAAGCAUAGAGAUGGGUUUCACUUGAAAGUCCCUAAGAAGAGAUGUACAAAUCGAGCUCCGACUCAUCAAAAUGAAAACUAACUCUAAAAUCCGAUAAAGCUUACAUAACUCUUUUGGAUUUAGAUUCAUCUUCUUCCUCAUCGAGUAAUUCUCAAGAAACAGCGCAAAGGUAGCCGUGGAACAAACACCAGAAUAAGACUAGAGUGGUCUCUCAAGUGUUUUCAGUGAUUCUUAGCCGAGCAGGCUCUUCACUCUGUUCUUUCCUUCUCCAGAAGGCCCGUCUCCACCAAACUUCAAAGCCUCUCUGGAUGUUGGGACAGUCUUUUGAAUUCAAGAACCGAUCAAACCAAGCUAGGAAGAACUCUUGUUGCCAAGCAAGAGGCAGAGUGAGAAUGGUGUUGCUUAAACCAUCCUCGAUCAAAUACCGAUCAAGCCCUUUCGACGCUCUCUUCAUCCACGGGAAAUCAUCGUAGAAAGGUGUCAACCAGUUCCUCAGCAGCAAACACCUCACUUCCUUCGGUGUCAGAAUCUGUCCCUUUCCAAUACCAACAAAGAUCCUCGCUGUUACGCUGCUAACCUCAUACCUGUGAACGACGGGAACCUUAGCAUGCACCUCGGAUAGCUCAGAGAGAGAAGCCCACAUCACAAGAAACUCCUCAGCUAUCUGUCUAUCUAUCAAAAUGUCCAAAAUCCAGUGCAGAUUAUCCGCUUGUCUCGCUAUCUGAUCCACAUCCUCCAAAUCCGACUCUGCCGCUUGUAGAAACUGCCGCUUAAGCUUAUGCAAACACCCGUCACAGGCCAAGUACAACGACUCUUUCCUAAGAUCAUUUCCCGAAGAGUUUUCUCUAAGCAUUUUGGAGACAAGUGUUUUCAUGUCGCGCCUCGCUUUCUCGUCUUUGCCCUCGAGAACUAUGUGCAGAAGGUUUAGAAGCACCUCGUCGUUGCUGCUGCCACCGUUACUUCCACUGUUCCCGUUGCUAGCGUCUACAGAAACCCUUCUCAGAACUUCUGUUGCCCCUACGUUUUCAAGGUGUAGCUCAGACAACAACGAAGCAAUCCUGUAUUCUUCAUCCUCGGACCAUGGUGCUGCUUCCAAGUACUCAAGACACGAAAGUACUCCAGCGUCGAACCCAAUUGCUGCUGAAACCUUCAAAAUACCAAGAACCCUAGACACGUCCUGUCUCAUCAUCUUCUUUCUUAGAUCCCUACAGUACAUUAGCAUCAGCGUCUCGAUGUACACCUCAACGUCAUCACAAUCCGAAAUCUCGACAAUGUACGGGGAAGAAGACGGAGGCAGCUGCUGCUUCGACCAUCGAUCUGAUAACUUCAUAGCGAAAAACCUGCUGUGAGCUACAAGAAUCUGCCUGUGAACGCACAUCGUGAUGCUAAUCCCAUCCUUAGAGCUCAGAGUCAGCUUAACAUCACUCGAAGUCGGAUCGUUGAACUGAUUCCCGGGGCUCCGAAUCACCAGAAGAUCCGAAAUCCGCUGCAUUGCAAGCGCCUGCUUAUCCUGAGCCGAAAUGACGAGAUGAUUCCCAUUCGUCGUCCUCGCAGCCACAGCCGCCGCCGAAGAAGAGGAGGACGAAGACGAAGACGGAAGCACGCCGUUCUGGAUCUGAACCGGAACUCUGCCUAUAGUAUCAGCUUCGCUAGCCAUCAUCUCGAAUAGCGUUGGACUUGAUCGCGACUUGUCGAGCAUGGCCGGAGGCGGAGGAGGAGACAUUGGAUUCAAAAGACCCGCCGUUAAAGCGGAGUUAAACUUAGUGAAGCUCGAAGGGAAGGAAGAGUCACGCGGCGAACUGUAACCGUUCGCCGUCUUAGACGCAGUCGUCGUCGUCGCCGUAGAGAAGUCCAUAACCGGAGAGACGCAGACUUAGGAUCCGAGCACGAACGUAAAAACGGGUCGGGUCGAAAUUUCCGGGUUCAAAGGAGGAGAAACUGGUGGUGUAGUCACUAGACUCACUACAGAAGGAACAUAACCGUGGAGGAGAAGAUGGAAACCGGGUCGGUUUCCGGGUCAAAAACUCGGAAUUAACGGACUUGACCCUGACCCGUAAACCCGAGAUUUUUGUAGUUGGUCGUUUGAAUCUCGUGAUUGUAAUUGAUGCCAUGAGGCAUCGUCAGUGCCAGAAAUGAUAAAUGCGCAUCGCUUAGAAUUUAGUGCA